AAACUUGAAGUUCGGUUUGAGCGCCUUGAGAUCACUGCCGAUGUGCAGAUUGGCUCCCGAGCUCUCCCCACAUUGUUGAAUUUCUACAGGGAUUUGGUUGAGGGAAUUUUAACUAAAUUGAUGAUAUUCAAGCCGACGAGACAUGAGCUCACCAUCCUCAAGAGCGUUAGCGGUGUUGUUAAACCAGGAAGGAUGACGUUACUUUUGGGGCCUCCGGGUGCCGGCAAGUCAACGCUACUUAAGGCUCUUGCAGGGAAGCUUGACAGCGGUUUGAAGGAAAGUGGAACUAUCACAUACAAUGGUCACAAGUUUGAAGAAUUUUAUGUACGGAGAGCUUGUUCAUAUAUAAGCCAGACGGAUAAUCACAUUGCAGAAAUGACUGUGAGGGAAACAAUUGAUUUUGCAGCAAGAUGCCAAGGUUCGGGUGAAGAAUUUCCAGUUUAUUUGAAGGAGAUUAACCAUCAUGAAAGGGAGAUGAAUAUUCGUCCCCGCCCUGAGAUAGAUGCUUAUAUGAAGGCAUCAUCCAUUAGGGGUAAAAAGCACAACAUCACAACAGAAUACAUAUUGAAAAUUCUUGGCCUCGAUGUGUGUUCGGACACAAUAGUUGGUAAUGACAUGCUCAGAGGUGUUUCAGGGGGCCAAAAAAAGAGAGUUACUACAGGAGAAAUGGUGGUUGGGCCACGGAAAACUCUAUUCAUGGAUGAAGUAUCAACGGGACUUGAUAGCUCUACCACAUAUCAGGUUGUUAAGUGUGGUAGGAAUUUUGUUCAUAUUAUGGAAGGAACUAUUUUAAUGGCUCUUCUCCAACCUGCUCCUGAGACAUUUGAUCUUUUCGACGAUCUCAUAAUACUCUCUGAGGGGCACAUUAUAUAUCAAGGGCCACGUACUCAAGUUCUUGAGUUUUUUGAGUCUUUGGGUUUUCAAAAGCCCCCGCGUAAGAAUACUGCUGAUUUUUUACAAGAGGUAACUUCAAAAAAGGACCAGGAGCAAUAUUGGGUUGAUCGUUUUAGACCAUAUGAGUAUAUUCCUGCUUCAAGAAUAUCUGAAGAAUUUUGGAAAUCACGACAUGGUCAAGAUUUGCGAUCUUUUCUGUCAGUUCCGUAUGAUAAAUCUAAAUCUCAUCCUUCAGCUUUACCCAAAACUAAGUAUGCAAUCUCAAGAUGGGAGCUCUUUAAAGCCUGUUUCUCCAGAGAGUUACUUCUAAUCGAUAAAAACCGCUUUUUGUAUAUUUUUAAAGUACUUCAGAUUGUGUAUGUAGCAACUCUAGCAUGUACGUCAUUUCUUCGUACAAGACUAAAUCCAGUUGAUGUGACGAAUGGCGAUCUUUAUCUUUCUUGCUUGUUCUUCAGCCUGGUAGUCAUGCUAUCCAACGGAUUUGCAGAGCUACCUCUGAUGAUAUUUCGACUUCCUGUAUUUUACAAGCAAAGGGAUAAUCUUUUUCAUCCUGCAUGGUCAUGGUCUAUCUCAAAUUUCUUAAGCCGGAUUCCUUAUUCAAUGAUUGAAUCUGUUGCAUGGUCUUGCAUGGUGUAUUUUAGCGUCGGAUUUGCUCCUGGAUUUGCGAGAUUCUUCCGGUUUGUACUGCUACUCUUUUCACUACAUCAAAUGACAUUAGGUCUCUUCAGGCUAAAUGCCUCUCUGGCGAGAGAUAUGGUUGUUUCUAGCACUUACGGGUCAAUUGCAAUGAUGACAAUGUUUUUGCUUGGUGGAUUUAUCAUCCCCAAAGGAAUGAUCAAGCCAUGGUGGGUAUGGGCAUAUUUGGUAUCUCCAUUGUCUUACGCGCAACGCGCAAUUGCCGUUAAUGAAUUUCUAGCUACACGAUGGGUAGAGAGAUUAACAGCCCAAAACACCUCUCUCGGAUACACAAUCCUACAAUUUCAUAGCUUACCCACCGAGGACUAUUGGUAUUGGAUUGGAGUUGGUGCUUUAUUAGCGUAUGCUGUAUUAUUCAACAUUGCUUCAAUGAUCGCACUAACAUUUCUCAACCCUCUCACUGCAUCUCGAACAAUUCUUCCACAAGACAACAAUAACCUAGAGAAUGCCGAGCCUGUUACACCAUCAAGAAAUCGUGCAAGUGAAAAGAAAGGGAUGAUUCUACCAUUCCAACCAUUAGUCAUGACUUUCCAUAAAGUCAACUACUUUGUUGACAUGCCUAAGGAAAUGAGUUCACAAGGUGUCCCGGAAGGAAGACUCCAACUGCUGUCCAAUGUCAGUGGAGUAUUCUCACCUGGUGUGCUGACAGCAUUAAUGGGGUCAAGUGGAGCUGGAAAGACAACAUUAAUGGAUGUCCUUGCGGGUAGAAAGACUAGUGGCUAUAUCGAAGGAGACAUAAAGAUUUCUGGUUAUCCGAAGGAGCAGAAGACUUUUGCUAGGGUGUCUGGAUAUGUGGAACAAAACGACAUACAUUCACCUGAGCUGACAGUUUAUGAGUCCCUAUUGUUUUCUUCAUUUCUUCGGCUCCCAAAGGAUGUGGAUGAACGACAAAGACAAGAGUUUGUUGAAGAGAUAAUGCAGCUGGUGGAACUUGACUGCCUAAGACAUGCAUUGGUAGGCUUGCCUGGCAUUUCCGGGUUAUCCACUGAACAGAGAAAACGUUUGACAAUAGCAGUUGAGCUUGUGGAAAAUCCAUCGAUCAUCUUUAUGGAUGAACCAACAUCUGGUCUUGAUGCACGGGCUGCAGCAAUUGUCAUGCGCACAGUUCGUAACACUGUUGAUACUGGAAGAACAGUGGUGUGCACCAUACAUCAGCCAAGCAUUGAGAUUUUUGAAGCAUUUGAUGAGCUCCUUCUGCUGAAGCGUGGCGGCAGAGCCAUAUAUGGUGGUAAACUUGGCCAAAAUUCACAAACAAUGAUCAACUAUUUUCAGGGGAUAAGAGGAGUUGCACCUUUUCCUGAUGGAUACAACCCUGCAAAUUGGAUGCUUGAAGUAACCACUCCCGCUGGUGAAGAGAGUAUCGAUGAAGAUUUUUCUGUGAUAUAUGCAAAUUCGCAGCAGUACCGGGAUGUCGAAGCUUCUAUUCAGACACAGAGCAUUCCACCUGAAGAUUCCCAGCCUCUAAAGUUUAAUACAAAAUUUGCAAGAAGCACAUUGUCUCAAUUUAAAAUAUGCUUCUGGAAGCAAAAAAUCAUUUAUUGGAGAAAGCCCCAUUACAAUGGGAUCAAGAUGCUUUUUACGACAUUUUGUGCUGUUAUUAUCGGUACCAUAUUUUGGGAUGUUGGUUCCAAAAGGAGUUCGGCUCAAGCACUGUCUGCCUUGAUGGGAGCUCUCUACUCUUCUUGCAUUUUUCUUGGUAUAAACAAUUCUGGUACUGUACAGCCGAUAAUAUCUAUUGAGAGGUCUGUUUUUUACAGAGAAAGGGCUGCUGGAAUGUACUCCCCUGUUCCAUUUGCACUUGCACAGGGGCUUGUGGAGCUUCCAUACAUUUUGGUGCAAGCGAUAAUAUACUCCAUUAUAACCUACUUCAUGAUAAACUACGAGAGGAUGGCCGGAAAAUUCUUCCUAUAUCUCUUAUUCAUGUUUCUUACAUUCUUAUACUUCACCUUCUUCGGGAUGAUGGUUGUGGGACUUACUCGCACUCUAAAUUUGGCGGCGGUCUGCGCCACUGCAUUCUAUGCAACGUGGGAACUAUUUUCCGGCUUCCUCAUCCCGGUGCCGAACAUUCCUCCAUGGUGGAUAUGGCUCUACUACGUCUGUCCGGUGGCUUGGACUUUGCGCGGCGUAAUCACUUCCCAGCUCGGCGACGUAGAGACAGCAGUCAUCGGACCGGAUUUCGAAGGAACGGUUCAGGAGUUCAUCAGCCACCGGUUUGGCUUCGAGUCGAAAAUGCUCUGGCCUACCGUCGGCGUGCUCAUUGGAUUUUGCGUUGUCUUCUUCGUUAUCUAUGUCUUCUCUGUCAGAGUUCUCAAUUUUCAGAGAAGAUGAAUGAGGAGCUCGAUUUAGGGCUGUGAUUCCAACUUCUUCUCAGGCGGACGGAAAAGACACACUAGGCAAACCAUGUGUGGCAGGUGACCUGAGACGUCGGGGGUUUGAACCCAUGACUUAAUGGCACAAGUCCAACCAUCCCUCACGGGACUUAUUUUUUAGACUUUUCAUAUUCC